UCGCGCACCAAGUGAACGGACAUAAGCAACACGGAUCGUCACACCUUCUGAACCAAUAACUAUUUCCACACUAUGCCAUGAUUGUAGGGUGUAUACCUAGUUACAGAUGAACGCUGUAAGCCAUACCAGUCAGUCUCGCAGGGUAUCAAGAACCAAAAUGAUGAGGCAAGCCCUGGUCCUGCUGCUGCUGCUGUUGUUGCUGUUGCCAGCCAGUGACGCGUGGUGGAACAGGAGCCGACUAAAGCUGGUGCCACGACAACGCCGACCCAGCAACACCAACACCAACGCCAACAAAUGCCAGGCGUUAAGGGAUUUACUGACGAAGACUCGACUGACCCAACGAGAUAUUUCUUUAAUUCUGAACGUUGAUGAAGAGGAUCCUGUCAUCAGACAAUACAAGCAGAUCCCACUCAAGUGACGCGAUGGAUGCCACGGAAAAUACAUCUUAAUAUAUUCGUUUGUCCUAUUAUGAUUGAUUGAAAUAGGAUGAAUAAGAAUAAAUAAUCCAUGGAUGGAGCACAAUU